AUGGCGCAAACACAAAUGUUCUCAACGUUUCAGCGCGACAAUUUGGAAGACCCACCAAUCCCCGAUACGCAACCUUGGGUGCCAUUUCGAACUCGCCUGGACUUCGAGGUAGCUGAACUUGCUCAUGAAGCUGCCCUUAGCCAGCCUCAAAUUGACCGGCUGAUCAACCUUUUGCAUCGCUCGAAGCAGGAUUCAGAGUCUUUCACCCUCCGCAACUACAAAGAUGUUCGGAACACGUGGAGUGCUAUCUCCCAUCGUCUAACUCCAUUUACAAAGCAAAUAAUCCAAGUGCCUUACGAUGGGGUUGAUCAAGAAUUCACCCUUUACUACUGGGACUUAUGGGACUGGGUGUGCGACCUCCUUCGAGACCCUUAUAUUGGCCCCCAAUUUACCUUUGACAAUCAAUGCCUGUCGAAGUUUGAUGGGAAUACAUUUGUGAGAUUUAUCGAUGAGCCUUGGACUGCAGAUAGGUUUUGGGAGGCUCAGGUGAGUGUCGACCAUGCGAAGCCACUUGCAUUUAUCCUCUAUGCAGAUAAGGCAAAGUUGUCUUCCUUCGGUCGCGAAAAAGGCUACCCCGUGAUUGCCCGUAUCGCAAACCUCCCAGCAUCCAUCCGAAAUGGCGAAGUGGUUGGUGGCGGUCGAGUUGUCGCAUGGCUCCCCAUUGUCAAAGAUGAUCCCUCGAAGUCAGGAAAACCGAAAUUCACGGAUUUCAAAGCGGCGGUUUGGCAUGAGUCCUUUAAGCUCAUACUCAAGUGUCUUAGAUUGAAGAGGAAGCAUGGUGGAUGGGUUGAGUGUUGGGAUAAACUUCAAUGCCUUUUCUUUCCUUUUGUCCCGAUCUUGUCUGCAGACUACGAGGAGCAAUGUGUUAUGUCCCUGAUCUGUGGAGUCAUGGGAAAAUUUCCGUGUCCCAUUUGCUUGGUUCCCCAUGACGAGUUACAUAGUCUGUUGGACACCUGGCCACUUCGCACAUGUCGCGAUUCUGUUCGCCUGCUCAGGAAGGCAAGAAGGAAGACCACUAAGGCAAAGCAAGAGAAGAAGUUGAAGUCUCAGUCGCUGAGAGAUGUCGAAAACUCUCUCAAUCUAUCAAAGCUUCUGGACGUCUUUCGUGCCCUUUGUUUCGACCGCCUACAUACCCACCAUGAAGGACUGUGGGGGAAACACUUGUGGAUCGAGCUGCAAAAAUGGAUUAAUGAAACCGGUAGACAAGCUGCGACUAUGAUAGAUGAAGGGUUCGCAGCAGCACCAAGGUGGCGGAAUCUCAACCACUUCAAGAGAGUCAUGGGAAUUAGCUUUGCUGACGGGACAAAGUACGAAGACAUAUUAAAGUUGAUUGUGUUUGUUGCUCAUGACGUACUCGAUCCUGAAGUACACGAGCAAGGAUAUCUCCUCCUUCAAUGUAUUCGAGCCCAUUUAGAUGUAGACAUGUUCGCGGCUCUUGAAGUGCACACCAUGGACACCCUUGCUGCUGGUCGAGCCGCUCUUGGCGAGUUUUCUAGACUCAUGGAUAAAUAUAUGUCUGAAUCUGGAUCUGAACUGAAAAAUUGGAAUUUUCCAAAGCAUCACUUAGCUGUUCACCUUUUUGACGAUAUCGAGGCCAAAGGCGUUACUCGGAAUUUCAACACCAAACCAAAUGAGAAAGCACAUAGACCCCUGAAAAAAUCUUACCAGCUCCAAACAAAUUUCAAACAAGUUGCAGACCAGAUCUUACGCGCAGACCAUUGGAGCCUUGUAUCGGCAUGGAUUCGCUAUCGCCUCAAUGAUCUCGAUGACUACAAUGCAAGAAAGGAAGCGAGUGCUCUUGGCGGUUCAGAUUUGGAUUCACAUGCAGAUGACACAGCCCCGGACGAGAGAGUUACGCCUAGAUUGGAGUCCACUGGCAGCUUUCAUAUCAAGCUUGGUUCACGUCAGCGUAUAUCCUCAAUAAAUGCCAUUCAGCAAGCACACCUCAAAGACCCAGCAUUUCAUCAGUUUCAUAUCAAAAUUAACCACUUUCUCAACACGAUACCCAUCAUUACACGGAAUGGACAUGUUGCACUUGAAUUGGGUGCUGAUACAGUGACAGAAUUCCGUUACUUGCAAGCAAACUUUGAGUCGAUGGUUGAUUUUCAGACAUCAAAAGACUACCUCCGCUGCUCCCCGAUGUUCCACAAUGCGCCGAGAUAUGACUCCGUCAUUAUCAGGACCCAAGAUGGGAUCAUCUUUGGUCACUUGAUCUUCAUAUUCAUGUGCUUGGUUGGAGAUGCAAGUUACCCCAUGGCUCUCAUUCAUCCUUGCGACGUCCCUAUUCCAAAUGGGCCUUUGAAGGACAAGCACCUAGGGUUAUGGCGAGUUAGAGCUCAACCUCGGCGUAAGAGUGAGUUUGUCUUCGCUGAAUCGAUUAUCAGGGGGGCACUGUUGCUUGAGGAUCGCUCUCAGCCUGGUGACUUCUUUGUUGUCGAUUCCGUCGACACUGAUAUGUUCCUUCACACGAAACUUCACAAAGACUCUCAUAUGUACUGA